AUGUUCAGUCCUCCGCAGUUGAGAUGUUCUCAUUGCUCGUACGAGUACAAUGCGGUUUACUGGUGCCCUCUUUGGGCGGCUGGCACAGUCAUCGUCACCCGGCAAUGGAGUCCUAUGGCUCUGCCACUUCGAAUUGAAAGCAUUCGGAUGUCGGGUUAUGCCCGCCUCAAUCAUGACGAAGCAUGCAGAGUCUUCGUCUCGCACAAACGAAAGUGGUGUGAGAGCCUUGACCAUCCUACAAGCAAGCGCAAAGCAUCGAUACAUCCAUUGUCCGAAGAAAAUACAAGCAGGAAAGCCAUCAUUGCGCAUGCCGGUUCGGCGUCGAAGUGUUUCUUGCUUUUCGUGUCUUGUCAAAAAAAGGUCAUCAAAUAA